UAUUGAUAUUUUUUUGGUUUUGAGGAAGAGAUGAAGGAAUGAAAUUCCUUUUUUAAUUUUAUUCUCAACUUUCAAAAUUCCAAAAUGACAUUUAUGUAACCUGUAAGAUAAUGGGCUAACUUUUUUAACAAAUCAUCGUUCAUGGUUCAAAUUCCCGAACUGGAGUGGGGAACCAGUUACCUAGAGAAAUACUGGUAGAUAACGAUAAUGGAGAAUAAAUAUUAGAGUACUUUCCAAUUGGAGGUCAUUCCAAGAGCAUCGAGGUUCUGGAAAUAUCUAUUGCGGUUGACUUAAUCUUUUCCCUUGGUUUUCCUUCAUAAAUUUGAAAUCAGUAUGUCCGAACCCCAGUGUAAAAAAUCCAAGAUGUCUAGUGUGAAUUCUCUGGAAAAACUGAAAACCCUUACAACGGUGGUAGCGGACACCGGUGAUUUCGAAGCAAUGAAGAAAUUCAAGCCAACAGAUGCCACUACCAACCCUUCCUUAAUGCUGGCUGCUGCAAAUAUUGCUCAUUACAAACCCCUUAUCCAAAAAGCCGUUCAUUAUGGAUUAAAAGUUGGAAGUAAUAUCGAUGAGCAAACAGAAAAUGCAAUGGAUAUGUUGUGUGUACUGUUUGGGUUAGAAAUUUUGAAAAUUGUUCCUGGAAGAGUCUCAACAGAAGUGGAUGCCAGAUUAUCAUUCGAUAAAGAAGCUAGUAUAAAAAAGGCCAGAAAAUUGAUACAGUUGUAUGAGGACCAAGGAAUAAAUAAGGAUCGAGUACUAAUUAAGUUGGCCUCUACGUGGGAAGGUAUCCAGGCUGCCAAGGAGCUCGAGAAGAAGUAUGGAAUUCAUUGUAAUUUAACACUACUGUUUAGUUUUGCACAAGCUGUAGCUUGUGCUGAAGCUGAAGUUACACUCAUUUCUCCUUUCGUGGGAAGAAUUCUUGAUUGGUAUGUAGCUAAUACUGAUAAGAAAACUUACAAAGGAGAAGAAGAUCCAGGUGUUCUCUCUGUUACAAAAAUUUACAAUUAUUAUAAAAAAUUCAAUUACAAGACGGUUGUGAUGGGAGCUUCAUUCCGUAACACCGAUGAAAUCAGAGCAUUAGCAGGCUGUGAUUUGUUAACGAUAAGUCCAAAACUUCUAGCAGAGUUGGAGGCAAGUAAUGCUCCCAUUCAAAAGAAAUUAUGCAAGGAAACGGCUGAACAAUCAAAUUUGGAUAAACUCGAACUUAAUGAAGCUAAAUUUCGCUGGAUGUUGAACGAAGAUAAAAUGGCCACUGAUAAGUUAUCUGAAGGCAUAAGAAACUUUGCUGCGGACUCUGUUAAGCUGGAGAAACUCAUUGUGGAAUUACUGUCCGAAUCAAAAAAAUGAUUUUAUUUGCAAUUUACAAUUUUAUCAUAGAUUUUUAGAGAAGUGGUUUAUUGGUGUAUCAGUUUUUGUAAAUACAUUAUAUUUUAUACUUGGAAACUAGUUUCAGCAGAAAAUGUAUAUCUCGAAUUUUAAUAAAAGAUUAUUUACAAA